AAGAACACUUUGCAGUGACAAACAGUUUUACAGUUUACGAACAGAACUUGCCGUGGUAGCAGAUAUUAUUGCGAUUAGAAUAAUCCUGCAUGAAAUCUAAUAUAUAUUUUAUAUUAAGAUAGUGUUAAAUUCUACGCGCAGUAUAUUAUAUACUUGGGUUGAAAAUGGAUUUUGCAAACAAAGUCGCACUGAUUACCGGAGGUGCAGGUGGAAUCGGCUUUCAAUCUGCUAAAGAACUUUUGCGUAAUGGACUCAAACACGUGGCCAUUCUCGAUCUGGCGUCAUCUCCAGGUGAGGAAUUGGCUGAUAAAUUAAACGCAGAAUUUGGCAAAGGACGGGCAAUCUUCGUCAGCUGUGACGUUACGAAAGCCAACGAACUCGAAGCCGCAUUCGCCAAGACCGUAAACGAAUUCGGUGGACUCGACAUAGUGAUCAACAACGCUGGUAUACUGAACGAAUCAAAAUGGGAAUUGACGAUCGACAUAAAUCUAAUCGCAGUCGUGAGGGGAACGAUGCUGGCUUUGCAAUACAUGGGAAAGGACAAGGGAGGCAAGGGUGGCGUUAUUGUGAACACCUCUUCAACAUACGGUGUCGAUCCUGUCGCCUGGUCGCCAGCUUACGCCGCGGCCAAAGCCGGUGUCGUAGGCCUGAGUCGAUCUUACGGACUAUCAUAUCACUAUGAUAAGACGGGCGUUAGGGUCAUCACAAUGUGUCCUUCGUUCACAGAGACUCAGUUAUUGAUCGAGGCUGAUGAUAGCCGUCUGUUAUUAUUCGAAGACGCGAAAGCUGCUCUGAACGAAAUCAACAACGGCCUAAUGCAAAAGUUAGUAUGCACAACAGCGAUAGGAGACAUGCAGGUAGAAAAGAAAAUUGCACUAGUCACAGGGGGAGCCAGAGGAAUAGGCUUCGCCUACGCAACGGAACACUUGCGAAACGGAGCUGCGCACGUGGCCAUCCUGGAUUUAGCAACGUCUCCGGGUCUAGAAGCAGCGAAUAAAUUGAACGUCGAAUUCGGCGAUGGGCGAGCUAUCUUCAUCGAAUGCGACGUGACGAAGGACAUCGAAUUCAAAGCUGCGUUUGACAACGUGAUCGAGGAACUGGGUGGACUCGAUAUUGUUAUAAACAACGCUGGCAUAGCGAACGAAUCGCAAUACGAUCUGACGAUUAAUAUUAAUCUCACCGCCGUGGUAAGAGGGACGAUACUGGGUUUGCAGCACAUGGGAAAGGACAAGGGUGGCAAGGGUGGCGUUAUAGUCAACACCUCUUCUAUCUAUGGUCUCGAUCCGGAGCCUUGGCUGCCAGUUUAUGUAGCCACCAAACACGGGGUUGUCGGCCUGAGUCGAUCUUUCGGGUCACCGUAUCAUUACGAAAAGACGGGUGUCAGAGUAAUGACGAUAUGCCCGUCAUUCACAAACACAAGAUUAUUAGCUGAAGUCGGUGACAAUCUAAGUCCUUUUGUGGACAAGGAAGCGGCUAUGAAUGCCGUCAAGGGUCAGUCAUUUCAAAAGCCGGAGAACGUUGGCAAGGCUUUGGUGGAUAUAAUAUCAAGAGGAAACAGCGGCAGUGUAUGGAUUUCGGAGGCCGGAGAGCCGGUAGUGGAGAUUUUCAUCCCUGACCGUUUCACCCUCGUGGCCUCGUCGAGGAAGCAGCCUUUUCACGAGAUAUUAAGCAGAGAUAUUAACCGGGAACUGAGUAAUCGCUAUAAAAUGUAUGAAAAAUUACGUAGCAUCAGUUCGUUCCGGCAUGAGGAACUCAAGUGUCCAGGGUGGGAACGACGUAAAUUUUUAUUCGGUAGCAGUCAAGUCUCCACAGUCACAGUGGAAGAGGACAUGCAGGUAGAAAAGAAAAUUGCACUAGUCACAGGAGGAGCCAGAGGAAUAGGCUUCGCCUACGCAACGGAACUCUUGCGAAACGGAGCUGCGCACGUGGCCAUCCUGGAUUUAGCAACGUCUCCGGGUCUAGAAGCAGCGAAUAAAUUGAACGUCGAAUUCGGCGAUGGGCGAGCUAUCUUCAUCGAAUGCGACGUGACGAAGGACAUCGAAUUCAAAGCUGCGUUCGUCAAGGUGAUCGAGGAACUGGGUGGACUCGAUAUUGUUAUAAACAACGCUGGCAUAGUGAACGAAUCGCAAUACGAUCUGACGAUUAAUAUUAAUCUCACCGCCGUGGUAAGAGGGACGAUACUGGGUUUGCAGCACAUGGGAAAGGACAAGGGUGGCAAGGGUGGCGUUAUAGUCAACACCGCUUCUAUCUAUGGUCUCGACCCGGGGCCUUGGCUGCCAGUUUACGGGGCGACCAAACACGGGGUUGUUGGCUUGAGUCGAUCUUUCGGGUUACCGUACCACUACGAAAAGACGGGGGUUAAAGUGCUGGCGAUGUGCCCGUCGUUCACGGACACAAAGUUAUUAAAUGAAAUCGGUGACUGUACGGGUCCUUUCGUGGACAAGGAAGCGGCUAUGAAUGACAUCAAGAAUCAGUCACUUCAGAAGCCGGAGAACGUUGGCAAGGCGUUGGUGGAUAUAAUAUCAAGAGGAAACAGCGGCAGUGUAUGGAUUUCGGAGGCCGGAGAGCCGGUAGUGGAGAUUUUCAUCCCUGACCGUUUCACCCUCGUGGCCUCGUCGAGGAAGCAGCCUUGACUCGUGUUUUCGUUCGACGCGUGAAGUAAAAACCUGCGUUACUCUUGCGCGUCUUUAUUGUACCGUUGCACAUUGUAGUUUGACUCAAAUUUUUGCUGUCAGGUAUCUGGAAAUGUUCAAGGCUCUUCAAUAAAUUACUUCACAGUUU